AUGGAUAGAAGGUCUUUAGCCAAACUUUGUUAUUUGCUAACGACUGAUGGAAAAUUGAAAGGAAACAGAAAUAUGUCAAUUAGUGAACUUGUAAUAUCUUUUCUUCACAUUAUUGCACAUAAUGUGAAGAAUAGGAUCCUAAAACGCCAAACAGCUAGAUCCGGUGAGACAGUUAGUAGGCAAUUUCAUUUAGUUUUGAACUCCGUUCUACGGUUACACAAUAUUUUGCUUAAAAAGCCAGAACCAAUCCCAGAAAAUUGCACGGAUGAGAGGUGGAAAUGGUUUAAGGGUUGUUUGGGAGCAUUAGAUGGGACUUAUAUUAAUGUCAAUGCCCCAAUAGAUGAUAAACCUAGGUAUCGAACGAGAAAAGGUGAAAUUGCAACUAAUGUCUUGGGAGAAGGAUCUGCGGCAGAUGGUAGAGUCUUAAGGGAUGCUAUUAGUAGGAGGAAUGACUUGAAGAUUCCUCAAGGUUGUUAUUAUUUGUGUGAUGCUGGAUACACAAAUGGGGAAGGAUUUUUGGCGCCAUAUAGAGGUCAAAGGUACAACUUGACUGAAUGGAGGCAAGGUUACCAACCAGCGACAGCCAAAGAAUACUUUAAUAUGAAACACUCUCAAGCGAGAAAUUGCAUUGAGAGGUAUGAAAUGGCAAUUGAUCCGAUAGAGACUGAGCUUAAGUCAAAUGAAAUUGAUGAUGCUGCUGGUGCUGAUGCUGCUGAUGCUGAUGAUGAUGAUGAGUUGAUCAGGCAUUGUGAGACUAGUUCUGCUUGGACUGAAUGGAGAGACAAGCUUGCAGAUGAUAUGUUCAUGAGCUGGUUUCAUUUCCAUCUUUCAAUGGAAGGAAAGAUACCAAAAAUAGUUGAACAAGUAGAAAGUUCAAUGGCACCGAAAUUCAAAAGAAAAACUCAAAACACCAAACACUUGUGGACAAAACAAGAGGAUGCUGUAUUAGUUGACUGCCUUGUUGAGUUAAGCAAAGAUUCAGCUUGGAAGAGCGAGAAUGGUUUUCGAACUGGAUACUUGCUACAUUUAGAGAAACUCAUGGCUGCUAAAUUGCCAUCAAGCAAUUUGAAGGCUACUCCUCAUAUUGAGUCAAGGUAUAAGCUACUGAAGAGACAAUUCCAUGCUAUCACCAAGAUGUUGAAUCAUAGCAGUGGAUUUGGAUGGAACGAUGUUGAGAAGUGUAUCAUUACAACAAAAGAUGUAUUUGAUGAGUGGGUUAAGAGUCAUCCAGCUGCUAUUGGUUUAAGAAACAAAGAGUUCCCCCACCUUGAUGAUUUGAUGUUUGUGUGGGGGAAAGAUCGUGCCACAGGAGCUAAUGCAGAAACCCCAUCUGAUGCAGUAGAAGAAAUAAAUUUAUGCGAUGAAGAGACUGACACAUUUGAGCAUGAAAAAGAUGCACAUACUGAAUGUCAAAAAGAUGAAGAAUCUGAUCAUGCCAACCAAGCAAUAAGGAAAUCUGAGACUCUAGAUUCAUCAAUUUGUCCAUCAAACAAGAAGUUAACCACUAGAAAGAGAAAAGGAAAGGCUGAUGAUGCUUUAGAUGACUUGGUGGGAGAGAUUCACAAGUAUGUUAUUGCUGUUAAUGAGGCUAAUGAGGAGAUGAAGGGAAUUUCCACCUACUUCAAAAAACAAACUGAGAGUGGUGAUAGAAAAAUGAAGAUAUAUGAUGAGCUAAUAGAACUUUCUGAAUUCUCUGAGCAAGAAAUUAUGGAUGUCGGAGAGUAUAUUCUCAAGGAUGAACACAAGAUUGACAACUUCUUUGCACUGCCAAAGGCAUUUAGGAGAAAGUAUGUUAUAAAGUAA